CCACGCGGAGAGGGAUUAAGACAUUCCUCGAGCCUCUUUUCCAUGUUUUUAAGCAGCUGAAAAUGUGCUGCUUAAAAGCUUUUUGCUCUUGAAUGCAGGCCGCCCUGCAGGCAUGAUUGCUGAUCCUACAAGCGGGGCUUAAGCCGAGCUAAUGAGUGUGUAAACUAGCUGCCUGAUUGCCAACAAAGGCGUCUUGGGCCGCGCUUCCAUUGUCUCGCAGGGAAUCAUCACCUUUUCUCAGUGAAAUCCGCCGCGGAUUGUCUGAGUGCAACAGGAGGUAGGGAUUAAAGAUGCGGCCCUUGGAACAAAUGGUGAGGCGAGUCAGCGCAGUACAGGCCGGAGGAGGAGCCCAGCGACACCCACAAUUAAAGAUGAACUUUGAGUGAACUAAUUUAUCUGAGGGAGGAGAAGGUAACAGGCUGACCCGCGUUCCCAGCAGCCUAUAAAAGCGCAGGAUGAGCAGCCUGGGUCCUCCGUCGCUGACAGAGCUUCACCUGCGCUACUCCACUUCUCCUACUGCAAACAUGGCUCUGAGCACGCUGCUGGCCACCUUCCUCUGCACAAUCGUGCUGCCCAUUCUGCUCUUUUUGGUGGCGUUGAAGCUGUGGGAGGUUUACAUGAUCCGAGGCAGAGACCCGAGCUGCUCUCGCCCGCUGCCCCCCGGAUCCAUGGGCUUACCUUUCAUUGGAGAGACUCUGCAGCUUAUCCUGCAGAGGAGAAAGUUCCUGCGCAUGAAGCGCCAGAAAUACGGAUACAUCUACCGCACACACCUCUUCGGGAAUCCCACAGUGCGCGUCACCGGAGCGGAUAACGUCAGGCAGAUUCUGCUGGGGGAGCACAAGCUCGUGUCCGUUCAGUGGCCGGCUUCUGUGCGCACCAUCCUGGGAUCGGACACCCUCUCUAACGUGCACGGAGCCCAACACAAGAGCAAGAAAAAGGCCAUCAUGCGAGCAUUCUCCAGGGAGGCUCUAGAGCUCUACAUCCCCGUCAUCCAGGAGGAAGUGCAGGCUGCAGUGAAGGAGUGGCUGAACAAGGACUCCUGCGUGCUGGUCUACCCAGAGAUGAAGAGACUGAUGUUCAGGAUUGCCAUGAGGAUCCUCUUGGGCUUUGAGCCGGAUCAGAUCAAGACGGACGAGCAAGAGCUGGUGGAAGCUUUUGAAGAAAUGAUCAAAAAUCUGUUCUCUCUGCCCAUCGACGUGCCCUUCAGCGGACUGUAUAGGGGUUUGAAGGCGAGAAACUUCAUCCACUCCAAGAUCGAGGAGAACAUCAAGAAGAAGCUGCAGGACUCGGACAAAGAACCCAAACACAGAGACGCUCUGCAGCAGCUCAUAGACAGCAACAAGAAGAACGGUGAACCAAUCAGCAUGCAGGCCAUUAAUGAGUCUGCCACCGAGCUGCUGUUUGGAGGCCAUGAAACCACAGCUAGCACCGCCACUUCUCUGGUCAUGUUCCUGGGCCUGAACCCGGACGUUGUGGAUAAACUGAGGCAGGAACUAGUGGAAAAGGAGGAGCAGGGGAUGGACCUCCACAGUUUGAACAUUGAGUCUUUGGAGCAGUUGAAAUACACCGGCUGUGUCAUCAAAGAGACUCUGAGGAUCAACCCUCCCGUUCCCGGAGGCUUCAGAGUGGCUCUCAAGACUUUUGAGCUCAAUGGUUACCAAAUCCCAAAGGGCUGGAACGUCAUCUAUAGCAUCUGUGACACCCAUGAUGUGGCAGACAUCUUCCCCAACAAGGAAGACUUCCAGCCGGAGCGCUUCAUGACCAAACCCUCCAGCGACUCGUCCAGGUUCCAGUACAUCCCGUUUGGCGGGGGCUCCAGGAUGUGUGUGGGGAAGGAGUUUGCCAAGGUCCUGUUGAAGAUCUUCCUGGUAGAAGUGGUCACAAAGUGUCACUGGACUCUUUUAAACGGGCCGCCCACCAUGAAAACAGCACCUACCGUCUAUCCUGUGGACAAUCUGCCAACCAAGUUUACCAGUUAUGCACAAAAUUAAAUCCUAGAUAAGAGCGUAGAGUGAAAUAUGAGGUUUCCCAAAAGUCUGAAAUCAUCUGUGCUGCAGUAUAAUCAACUUACUUUGGGGAGUUUUGAAGCACUCGGAUUCUUUUAGGAAAUAGAUCAAAGACUCGAGAUUUAAAUAGAAAAUGAGGCUGUGAGUUUCAGACUUGUCAAUGUGACUCAUUUGGUAUAAAUUGUAAAUAUUGUAGAUUCUUUAUCUUUGUACAUUGAGAUGUUAAUACAUUGUAUGUUUUGUAUGAACAAACUAAACGAGAGGCACUAUACUCAGACAGGAACACUUUAAUCAACUCAGAGGUGUAUCUAUAGGAGUGUGUACAUAUGUAAUGUAGAGGCUGUUUAUAUAACUUUUCUAUUUUACCCAAACUUAUUUAUGUGACAUAUGUUAUAUUGUAUGAGCUUUUUAUUUAAUAAAGCUGUUUUAUGGAAAAUAUA